GUUGGCGCCUUUUCAUCCGAGCAAGUCGACCGAAGUCAGGGUGCAUUUUUAGCAGAACUGCCCUUCGUCUCCAGAGCCGAGGUUCAGCAGCUUGAACAGGAUCUGAGCAGAACUGCUCCUCAUCCAGAGCACGGUCUGCAGAAGGUGACCAACAUGGAGGAUGCUGCAGGAUCUGAGACUGGUACAGGAACAAUCAGAAUAAAGAAGGAGAAGGAUGCUGAUCCCACUGCCGGACAUUCACAUCGCUUCAGAGUGAAAUUCAGUUCUUCUGACCCCAAGGAAUACGUUAUAGACUGUGUUCAACCUGGAACAGUGCUGCAGGCGAUACAAACAUGUGACAAACAUGAGGAGCGGUUUUCAGAUGAAAACCUUGUGAUUCAGCUGAGUAAAAAGGAUAGGAAAUAUGCUAUUGCAACGCAUUUCCCUUGUACUUGUAUCUGGGAAGAUGUGUGUCUGAUCUUAUCGCAUGAAAAAGAAAAGAUUGAAGAGACCCAAGGCCAAAAUGAGGAACCAAUACAGUCAAAGGACAUGUAUUCUGUCUUCUCUAUUGAUACAGAGGGAGGAGAAAACACCAGAACAAAGCCGUUUAUCAGAAGCAAGGCUUUCAGUACGUUCAAGUAUCUGUGUGUGUAUGGGGAGAAGGGUAUGACAGUGGAGGACGCUCUGAAAAGAGAUGGACGCUUCAUUGAUGAUCUUGGAAACUUCACUCUGUCCGACAACAAGGAUCCAAUGAAAAGCACUGGAUGUACCCAACCUGUUGACAACUUGCAUGGAAAAAAAUUCAAGUUGUGCCUUGAAAGGAUGCGUAACGAAAAAGCAGUCAGAGAAGAAUUAAAGCAGAGAAUAGACGUUAUCCAAAAAACAAUGGAAAACAAUACAUUUAGUGUCAAAGAUUUAGUGGAUCGUGUCAGAGCAGAGAACAGAUCAGAGGGAAAGAGUGGUCAGAGUGGCAGCAGUGUCAACGUUACAGAGAUUUAUGGUUUACUGCAGAAGCAGUGUGCAGAUCUGAAGAAACUGAUGAGGAGGAGAUUCCCAGGUGAUUCUUAUCAGACGGCACUGAACCUGAGGAGGAGAGACUUUAGAAAGAUCCAACAGUCGUUCAGCGACGUUCACAGAGUCAGAGAGCUGAUGAAACUGGGAGAGUCAGUUUGCAAAGUUAUUGUUGAAGGUUAUUGUACAGGAACAGGUUUUGUGUUGUUUGACAACUUCAUCUUGACUAACGCACACCUGUUGAAACAAUGUGUUGAAAAAGGAAUCAAAAAGCUGAAGGAUGAUAUAAAGGUGGAGGUUAUCUUUAACUUUGAAGAAAAGCUCAAAUAUCACCACUACUUUCAGCUGGCUCACCGUAACAUCCUCUACUGUCAUGAUGACCUUGAUUAUGCCAUACUUCAGCUUAAGUCAGUCAGCCAGAAGGACAACCCAGAAACAACUAAAGUCACAAAAGAGAAGGUGCCACCAGGGCUCCUGGAGAGGUUUGGUCCAAUGCCUAAGAGUGGUGGAGCCUGUCUCAUUGGUCACCCAGAUGGAGUGAAACAACUGGAUCCAACAUCUGUCAUUGAGAGAGAAAACAGGGAGAAGGCUGUUGAGGAGCCAUACAAAGACAAAGCUUUCAUUCUCCACAUAAUCAAUAAAAAAAAGCAAGGCAUUGAAAGCAUAUUGGUAGGUGGAAACAGAGCAGAGAAAGAAACAACCUACAACACCUCCUUCAUGUAUCACGGCUCGGCUGGAUCCCCAGUGUUUGAUGCUGAGUGCAGGGUUUUUGGUUUGUACACCUCAGGAUUCGUUUACGGUCAUCCAAAGCCUGAGAGUGUGAUAGAGUGUGCCCAACCUCUGCUAACUAUCUUUGCACACUUUGUGAGUAAACUGAGGAAGCCUGGGAAUGAGGAGCUGUUGAAGAGAGUUAAGGAAGUAGCAGAGGGAAACUCAUACCUAGAAAACAUACUCAAACCCGACUCUGAUGACUCAAUGGUGACUGAUUAGAAAGAUUAGAUAAUCAGGGGCUAAACACACAAGGCUGGACAGCUUCUAUUCCCAUGCAUCAUCAUAUUUAAGAUCUGUUUUCUAGUAUGUGCAUCCUGUUUUAUAUUGACUUCUCUGUUAGACUGUGACAGCCAAUUGUACUUAUUUCUAUAUCCACAGUUCUUGUAAGCAUUACUCUUUUAUUUUAUCAUAGUUUUUUUUUUUCAUUAUCUAUUGUUGUUCUUUGUUUUACAACGUCCUUACUUUGCUGUGUUCAUGUAUGCACCAUUGUACACUAAAUUAACUUAAUUGGCAAUAAACCAAAUUCUGAUGUUGAUUGUACUGCAUACUCACGGUUUGUGGAAUAUAUUAAUGUAUUUUUUUAUGUAUUUCUUUGAGGCAGUGAACUGAAUGUCAUAUUGUUCAUAUAUUUUCUCUUGUAACAUGUAUUGGAAGCUCCUAAAGUGUGAGCUGAUAUUUGUUUUUAUUUCAAUGUCAUAUAUUUCUCCCGUGGUAAAUGUGUUUAUUCUGUCCUGGCUUUUCCUACCAAUAUAUUCUGUGUUUUAUUAAAAGUUGAUCUCUUCAAAA